UGUUCUUGGAUUCUUGUAUAAGACUUGAGAUAUAGAGUCUUUGUUGCCAAUGGUUAAGGAUGGACAUGUGGGAGAUGGGGAUGGACUUGUGAUAGCUCAAGUAUGUUCGCAACAUCUCGUGAGACGGCGAAUAGAAAGUUUCAGUUUUGUUGUCACCUUAUGUAUUGAUCACUAUGGAUGCCAAACAUCAGCAGCUCUUUGUCCAUUGUGCUCAGCUGUUAGAUACUUUCCAAGAAAAGUCCACAGACUUGGAAGAUCAUUUGAAGGAAUAUAUACGCUCAUCCAGGAUUCAGGAUGUUGAUGAUGAAACUUUUAUAACUGAAGUGUUUUCUGGAUGUGUUCAGCAUAGACCAGUGAUGAAACUAGUUGUUGAUGGCUUCUAUGUACGUGAUGGGAAAAAUAUCCUACUAUCUCAUCAAAACUCAUUUAUUGUUUUGGCUUAUUUAGCUUUGUAUCGACUUGAUGAACUCGGAGUGGCUCACUUUCGAAAGUUUGUUGAUGCCAUGGAACUCAAUGCAACCUAUAAAUUUCUUAGUUUCCUAUUUGAUGAAAAAAAUUUACUAACAUGGAUGAAAGAUGGUUGGUCAACUCUAUAUGAAUGGUCCUAUGUUGAAACCAAUCUGCUAUCUCCAUUGUUAAGAUGGUUACCAGAGUUGAAGGACUUGGUUCUGCUCAUGAAAAAAAGAAUAAACAACCAAUUCAAGCCCAAGAAGAUAGCAGUUAAAGCAACAGAUGCUAAGCCAUUUAACCUGACCCAGCCAAGAGCUCGAAGUAUUCCUUUGCCAGAGAAAAUUCCACAGCUUCAAAGAGUUAAACCCAUCCCAGCUACUGUUUAUAAUCAACCAACAGAACAAAGAAUUCUUGAAAAACAAAAAGAAGAAAACAGAAGACAAGCAGAAGAACGUCUGAUGGAAGCCUCUAGAAUACAGUUUGCUUGUGCUAAUCCUGAAAAAUCAGAAAAAACAAAACAAAUAAUCCAAAACAUUGUUUUUGAGGAGAAUUCUAAAGUUGAACCAACUGUGAUAAAAGCCAAGCCUUUACCUGAUUUUAAAAAAUCACCAGCCCCAGUCAAAAUGACAGCAGCGACUAUACUAAGAGAAGGCUUACUGUACCAGAAAAAAGAAAAGGAAGUAAUGGAGAGGCUGCAAAAACUUGAGGCUGGAGCUUUUGAUGCAAGUAAUUUUCAUAAAUGGCAGUCAGAGAUGAAACAGAAAGACCUUGAGGCCCAAUUAUUGGCUAUAGAAGAAAGAAGAUUGAUGGGGAAAAUAAGUCAUGAAGAAGCUUUCUUAGCCAGAACCAAUGUUUUAGCUGCCAACCAACAGCUUGUACAAAAUAUGAAGAAAGAGACCGCAGCUAUGAUGAAAGAAUAUUUAGAAAAUAAAUUUAGACAAGAAAAAGAAAUGAGGGAACUUGUUGAAAGUACAAUGGCUGGACACAAAAAUGCUCAAAACGCUAAACAGAAAUUACAGGAAUUGAAACAUAAAAUAGUGCAAGAAGUUCAAGAGGAAAGUAGAGAGUUGAUGAAACAAGCUUUAGAAGAGGCUGAGCUUGAGAUGAGAUGUAAAAUUGAGUUAAUUCAACAAAUACGAGCAAUAGAAUCUACUCCUGUCAACCGAUUCAAGCCAUUAGAUUUGACAGCUACUUCUGGGGCUGGACUUCUAGGAGAAAUGAGCAUUGCUGAGCUCCGGGAAAGGUUGUCAUUAAUGAAAGCACAAAGAAAAGAAGAUGAAGAAAUAAAACGAGAUAAUAUAUUGUAUGAUAAACAGGCCAAAGCUGAGUCUUUAUGUGAAACAUUAGAUAAGAUUGCUAAACACAGAUCAGAACAAACAAAAAUGGCUGCCUUAAAAGCUGAUAACUCCAAGAAUGUGAAGUUAAUAUCUGUACCACUCAAAAGUGCAACACUGACAGAGCUUGAGAGAAAACUUGAUGAGAAACGUGAACAGAGAAAACUGGAAAAGCAACGCUACCACAGAUCAGCUGAGAGUGUCUCUGACAAAACCAAUCUAACAUCAUUGUCAGCAAAGAAAUCUCUGAGCAACAGAAGAUGGCAAGAACUUGAGAAUUCCAAGGAGAGAGCAGCUCGAUUCUUUGCUCAAACUGCUAUUGAAUCAUUGUCCUAGAUGGUGGAUCACAAAAAUGUCCUAGAGCUUGUUCUUAAAAGUCUAAACACAAUUUUGAAAAAAGCUUAACUGCUAAAUUUACAAUGACAUACAAUGUACAAAUAACAUAUAUGAGUCUCAAUUUAACUAGUUUUCUAGGACAAUUGUAGGCCUACCUCAUGGACUAAUAGGAUUUUAUUUUGAUUCAAGUCUAUCUCUUGAAUUAGGAUUAUAUAAUAGCACUGGAUCAAAGUUACUGUGAUAUUUUAUUUUGUUGUUUGCUUUUUGUCUGUAUAUUUCAAAUGUGUUUUGAUAAAUUCUAGACUUCAGUCUGUGUAGUAGUUGCAUUUCAAAGUUGAACAUUAAAUUAAAUGUACAUCAAAACAAACAUGUUUGCAAAUAACUUGUUGAUGUAUUUAAACACAAGCAUUUGUCUUGGUUAUAAACAUUAAUUUUGUGAUUGGAAGGCAGAAUUUGUUUUUUAAAUAACUUAAUCAAUAUUCUUUGUAGAAACGUUGUUACUGUGUGACUAGUUUUUGUUGAGUUCUAAACAUAGUAAGCUGCCAACUAAGAGUGAAGACAUUGAUGAAUAUGGAAUCUAGUCUUAGCAAUAAAACAUUACACACCCUUGAA